UGUGUCGUUAGCAAUCAAUUUAUUUUGUUAAUAUUGUUUUGAGGCCUUUCGUUUGGUUUUGUUGUUUGGCUUUUCCUCUACGUGAUGAGACAUCCGGCCUAGCGAACGGUUCCAAUGGCACGCAAUGUGCUCGAGAGCAGCCUGCUGGGCGCCGGCUUCAGCAUCAUCUUUCAGAUACUGUGCCGCAUCCUCACCUUCGGCAUUAAUGCGUACAUCGUGCGACAUGUGGGACGCGAGGUGCUCGGUAUCAUGAACGUUCGGCUGCUGCUCCUGGAGAGCACCCUGCUCUUCCUUUCCCGUGAGGCCAUCAACCGGGCAGCGCUCAGUGCCAAUGCCCAGCAGGGUGAUCGCUGUACCUGGGCGCAGCUCAUCAAUCAGAUGUGGCUCACGGUUCCCAUUUGUGUGGUGUUGUGUGCUCCCUGCCUGUACAUUUGGUUGAACUGGCUGUCGGCUGUGGACGCCAUCUAUGCCUCCCAGUACGAGUUUGCCUGCUACGCGGUGGCCUUGUCCUGUGUCCUGGAACUGUUCGCCGAGUCGGCAGUGUUUGUGGCCCAGGUCUUUUGCUUCGUGAAGCUAAAGAUCCUACUGAACACGCUGCACAUCCUGGUGCGCUCGGCCAUUUUCCUGUGGAUUGUGACGGGCGAUCGGAGUGCGGCCAUCAAUGCAUUUGCCGUGGCACAACUGUCCAGCGCAGUGACCAUUGUCGUUGGCCAGUAUGGCUUCUUUUACUUCUACCUAAAGGGCUUCAAGAGCUACGUGGCACAGCAAUCGCGGAAGAAGCCGCCGGCUGCCAAGGCUUGGCAAGUCUCGCUGUACGAGCAUAUGGAUGAUUUUCCCUUUAAACAGCUGCGUGACUUUCUGCCCGGCGUUAUGUUCAAUCCGAAUGGAAAACCCUUGAACCGGGAACUGCAGACCCUGACGCUGAGCUUCGUGAAGCAAGGUGUGCUGAAGCAGAUCCUGACGGAGGGCGAGAAGUACGUGAUGUCCGUAUCGCCAGUGCUAAGUUUCGGAGAGCAGGCCACCUAUGAUGUGGUCAACAAUCUCGGCAGCAUGGCCGCCCGCUUUAUUUUCCGGCCCAUCGAGGACAGCUCUUACUUUUACUUCACGCAGACGCUGACCCGGGAUCUGAGAUUGGCCAAGCAGCCGCCGGAGCGUGUGCGACAGGCGAGCAGUGUCCUUAACAAUCUGCUCCUUGGCGUAAGCUCCAUUGGCCUAAUAGCAUUUACCUUUGGACAGAGCUAUUCACAUCCUGUGCUCCUGCUUUAUGGCGGCCCGGAUUUUGUGGCUGGCGGUCUGCCGCAAAGUCUACUGCAGUGGCACUGCCUGGCCAUCUAUCUGCUGGCCGUGAACGGGAUCAGUGAGGGCUACAUGUUCGCCACGAACACCAGUCGGGAUAUCGACAAGUACAACUAUCUUAUGGCCAUCUUCUCGGUCAGUUUCCUGGUUCUCUCCUAUAUACUGACCGGCAUUUUCGGACCAGUUGGCUUCAUCUUUGCCAACUGCAUCAAUAUGUUAAGUCGGAUUCUGUACAGCACUUACUAUAUCCGGCAGCAAUACCGACCGCUGUCGCUGAACCCAUUGCUGGGCCUCUGGCCGGGCAAGCUCUUCGGUGGAACGCUCCUCCUGGCCGGUAUUGUUUGCUAUUGGUACCAAAGCUCUGGCCUGGCCACACAUCUGGGUGUGGGUGUCUUGGCUGGAAUUGUCUGCCUUCUGUCCUGGGCUCUAGCUCAUCGGGAUCUGGUGCAACUGGGCUGGCGCUAUGGCCGUCGCAUUAAGAUUGAUUAGAGGCAGCAAAGACGAUCUUCCUUUCUCCCGCUCUCCAAGCGUUACUCGCUUCAAUUGCACCGAGAAUCCAGGAUGCAAAAGCGCACACAGUUCCAAUAGUUAUGGACGUUUUUAUAGAUAGUUGACAAUUGUAAAUUUAUUCCGAAAAUUAAGUUAUUGUACUUAUUGAGUGUUUUUGUAGAGCUUGGAUGCGAUUGGAUUAUUUUACUGUUAAGAUUUGCAUUAAAAGACAAUGAUAAAUGUUUAAA